AUGGACCAGUGUGUGAAGUGUCCAGCUCAUCAGUAUGACAACACGGAGCAAAACACCUGUCUCCAAAAGGCUGUGACCUUCCUGGCCUAUGAAGACCCCUUGGGCAUGGCUCUGGCCUGCACGGCUCUCUGCUUCUCUGCACUCACAGCUGCUGUCCUUGGGGUCUUUGUGAAGCACAGAGACACCCCCAUAGUCAAGGCCAACAACAGGGCUCUCAGCUCCAUCCUGCUCAUCUCCCUCACCUUCUGUUUUCUCUGCUCUCUGCUCUUCAUUGGCCGUCCCGGCACAGCCACCUGCAUCCUGCAGGAGACCACAUUUGGACUGGUGUUCACUGUGGCCGUUUCCACGGUCCUGGCCAAAACUGUCACUGUGAUUCUGGCCUUCAACGUCACUGCCCCAGGGAGAAGGAUGAGGCGGUGCCUGGUGUCAGGGGCACCUAACUUCAUCAUUCCCAGCUGCUCCCUCAUCCAGCUGACUCUCUGUGGAGUCUGGCUGGGGACCUCUCCUCCCUUUGUGGACACAGACACACACUCUGAACAUGGCUGCAUCAUCAUCACGUGCAACAAGGGCUCAGUCAUUGCCUUCUACUGUGCCCUGGGAUACCUGGGCUCCCUGGUCCUGGGAACCUUCACGGUGGCCUUCCUGGCCAGGAACCUGCCUGACACCUUCAAUGAAGCCAAGUUCCUGACCUUCAGCAUGCUGGUGUUCUGCAGUGUCUGGCUCACCUUCCUCCCUGUGUACCACAGCACCAACGGCAAGGUCAUGGUGGCUGUGGAGGUCUUCUCCAUCUUGGCCUCCAGCGCAGGGCUCCUGGGCUGCAUCUUUGCCCCCAAGUGCUACAUAAUUCUCAUAAGACCUGACAAGAACUCUCUGAAAGGUUUGAAGGACAGAAGUUCAAUGGGAAAUAGGCAUUCUGAAAGUUAG